GCAACUCAGUGCCAUGCUUCAAAUUUCCUCUGCGGCCUCGGGCGAAGUGAUUGCCACACUGGACGCUGCAGAAUUUGGGCUGCUGGCUGAGACGCGCGGCAGCACGGUCAAGGCGCUGAAGCAACAUCUGGCGGGUCGCCUGCAAUGUACGCGCUUCUGCCAGCGGCUCUUUUGCGAUGCCCAACUGUUGUCAGACCAAGAUCAGUUGACCUUCCCGAUGCAUCUACAACUUCUUCUGUUGAAACUUGAAGCUCUGGAAACUUUCGCGGAGGACACCUGCCAGUGCCACCGACAUCGGACAUUUCUGAAGGCCUGCGCUCUGAAGCUGCGCUGCGAUCAGAUCUUCUGGGCCUGUGCCUUUCAGUGUUUUGCGUUGAGGAGGCUGCGGGAGCUGUACACUGAGCUCCUGGACGCGGCCGAGGGAUUUCAAGUGGGAGCGGCGCCUGUGGCAGCAGACGCAACUCCCGUCCGUGGGGAGACAGCCGAGCCAGGGCCUUCCCUGUCAACUCCGGGUACGCGCCCCCCGGGGGUUGAGGAGGGCGCUGCGGCUGCGCCUCCCGUUACACCAGUCAAGACAGAGACAGGGGAGGACGCUACAGGACCAAAUCACGCCACUUCCAAAGCUGCACCUACUCUGCCCCCUCCCUUAGCUGAGACAGAACCGGCCAAAGCAGAGGUGGGAGAUAAAGAGCUCCCGAACAGAGAACAAGCAACCCCUGACAUUGAGAAGAAAGAGAAAACAAAGAAGGACAAAAAGGCAAAGAAAGACAAGAAGAGCAAGAAGCCUUCCAAGCAAAGCCCGGCAAGGUCUUCCAGAGGAGAGGAAAAGGCAAGCUCCCGAGAGAGAGGGAGACGGAGGUCAGAUAAGGCCACACCGGCCUCCUCUGGGCGUGAGAGACCAUCUAGAAGGUCAGACAGCAGAGGACGAAGGUUGGACAAGGGUGUCUCCCGAGAGAGGGAGAGGCCCGUGGAUGAGGAGAGUGAGGCGGCCAGCGGCAGCAAAGGCAGCCCUGAGGCGGCCAGCGGCCGAGGCUCCCGUCAGAGAGGCUCGGGGGCAACAUACUUCGAGGCGCCCUGUGAGUUCGCUGGGAAGGUAGACAAGGUGGUGCUUGAGGACAACGGAGCUGAGCUCGUUCUUACGCUGACAGGGACGAGCACUGAGGAGCUCCUGAAGUACGCCUCGGGCAUUCACCCUCCGGUGAUUAGGGCUCAUUUGUGUGGAGCCGGGUGUGACCAGAAAAGGAGCAACCAGGAUUUAGUUCAUCUCUCCCGUUUCAAGCAAGUGGUGGGAGAUCAGCCAAAGACAUGGGAAGAGAAUCUAAAAGAAGACGACGUGAAUCGGGAGCUGAGGAGGAAGCAGGAAGAAUGGGAGCGACGCCAGGAGAGACCUGGCCAGGAGGGCGAGGAAAGGUCCGUCUCCCGAGCGAGGGAGGACAAGAAGAAAAAGAUCGAGAAAACAAAGGCCAAGAAGAAAGAAAGGAGAGAAAGGCUGAAGAAGAUUGGGGGCAAGGCCGUGGCAAAGAAACACCCGCAGGAUCUCUUUGGCGGGACCGGCCUCGACCCAGACGCCAAAAUAAGGCGAAGAGUAAAAAAGAAGGCAAAGAGAAAGCUCAAAAAAUCAAAAACCUCAUCUUCCUCCUCAAGUCAAAGCUCAAGUUCGUCAAGCAGCGUGGACGGGAGUCUUGGGCUCCUGGAAGACAGGAACAAGGUUCAGCGCUUGGCCGAGGUGGCCCCCGGGGUGCUGACAGAGGAGUCGCUACAGUACAUGAAGGGGUAUGUACUCCAGGCCUCCGGCUCAACGUGGGCGAUGGACACCGAGGCACUUCCUCCCAUAGCCUCGCAAUAUGUGAGGAGUUUUAUAGCCCCGCGCUCCUCAGGAGGCAUCCUGAGAGAGGCAGUAAGCCUGGCCCACUGCCUCGACUUGCUCCUGUUGGGGCGCGCAGCCGAGUGCGCCGAUGCGCUGAAUCAGCGCCUCAAGAGCCUGGAGCUGACCAUUGCAGGACAGCCGUGGGCCACUUCCCAAAAAAUCGAAGUGGUCCCACAACUGGAGGCCAGCAUGGCCUCGAGGGCCGAGCUGCAGGUGGCGCAAAAGGAAGCUCGGCUAGACGGGCAGACGAAAGGCCAGACCGCGAGCUGGGAGAAAGGCGAGACGCCAGAGGUAAGAAUGGAAGAAGAUAGCCGGCGUGAGGAGGUUGCAAAAGAGUGGCAAGAGGAAUCAAGUCAGGGCGCGCAGAGGAAAUCAAGCAGCACAGAAAAAGUCUUCGAUGGUGGCCAAAUUCGUAGCUGGGGAGACAAAAGGGAGCUCCCGGUAGAAGCCUGUAGCAUGCAUGAGGGGGAGACUGCCAUCUCUCCUGGUUUCACUACAACCUUGGCUGCCAGCAAGUGCGCCGCUGGUGAGACUGAAGCUUUGGACCGCUUAGGCUUGGGCCGAGUGGAUGCGGAAAAAGAACAGCGAGUUACGGGGGCGGUUUGGAAUGACGAGUCUCCCACCAAAUUCCAAAAGAGAAUCCUGGAGGAACUAUUAGCUGACUCCCGGCGAGUUUUUGAGUGGGAGGAAACGGUCCCAGAAGUAACCUGGGCUGAUUUCUUUAGAUGUAGAGGGAUUGACUACAAGGGAGAAGAAAUAAUGACAGCUCAGUCCAUGGUGUGGGAAAAUGUGGCACCAGCACUCCCGAAAGAAGUGGGAGGGGUUCAGUUGGAAAACGUGGUGGAGCAUGGCUGUCUUCACUAUGUCAAGAAUUUCGAGACCUACCUCCUGCCAGAGGAGGAUCAAGUGUAUACCAAACCACCACGAGUGUUGGUUCCUCCCGAAGGGUGGGAGCGCUUUUGUAGGGGUCUGUUAGAGCUGGGAAUUUUCGACAAGGUCCAUGAAGAUGACCUCUAUAAGGCAGAUCAAUUGGUGAAGAAACUACUCUCUCAGGUCAGCAUCAAAGGUGAUGACGUUUUGUUGCAAAGCUCUUCAGAGGACCAUGUAAAGUAUCAUCGAAUCCGUGCCACGAUCCCGGCAAAGCUGUGGAAGUGGAAGACAGUAUGUGGGUGGAGCUGGAAGGGAGUGACAGAGCAUAUCAAUGUGUUAGAGAUGAGGGCGGCCUUGACAGCGCUGAAGUGGCGCAUAGAAAGGAAAACCCUGCGGAUGCCCCGAGUCGGCAUCCCAGAAAAAGAAAGUGGUCUCAUGCCUAAGCGGCACUUAGAAGGAGCCACUCCAGAAGCUAGGGCAAAGGCACGGCAGCGUUUGGGUACCUUAAAACAACUUACGGUGCAACCGGUUACACGGAUUCGAUAUGAUCAAGCUUUGCAAGACUUUUUCAGAUAUCUCAAAGAGAUCGGGCAAAUCCUACCCACUACGGCACAUGACCUAGACCUGGUCAUGGCAGAUUACAUUGAACAUCUUUGGGCAACAGGAGCCGGGCGUUCUACUGGGUCAAACGUAUUGGCGGCAUUACAAGAUGCUCAACCACACUCAAAGGGCAAACUGCCGCAGAGCUGGCGAUUGAUGAAGACGUGGGUCAUCAAUGAAAUUCCGAAUAGGGCUCCGCCCUUGCCAUUGGAAAUUUUGGAAGCAAUGGUAGGAUAUUCCCUAUUCAAACAACAGCAUUUAUUCGCCUUAUCCCUGUUGGUGGGAUUUUUUGGACUCCUGCGAACGGGAGAGAUUCUCACCAUUUGUGCAUCUCAUGUCUCAGUUGUUUCAAACAAAGGCCCGGCUGUUAUCUCGCUUGGUCUGACCAAGUCUGGGAAACGUCAGGGUGCGGCAGAGUCCGUCACUAUUUAUGUGGAGGAUGUCUGUCGUAGACUUUUUCAAUGGAAAGCACAGGUGCGAAGCACCGCAAAGUUGACAGGUGCAGCCCACAUAUGGCGAAAGCAGUUUUCUGACACUCUGACUGCUUUGAAGUUCCAUCACUUGGACUUCCGACCCUACUCUUUAAGGGCCCUCCGCCCCCACCCUGGAAAGCAAAGAAGAAACAGCGGAAUCGGGGACCGAAAAAAGGAGCACAUCGAGUGCUUUAAGGUUUGGGUCCUGUCGUCUUGGGCCUGGCCGGACAAGGGACGGCCUAAAUCCACUUUGGCUGGGUAUUUCACGGGCUUGGCCGUGGACUUGCGUUCGGCCCUUCGGGAGGAAUCGGUUGAGCGCGAGGAGUUAAGGAGUCGUGUGGAGCAGCAAGCUGUGCAAACGCGCGAGGCUUUGGACGAGCUCCGAAGCUGCUCGGAGCGACGCGAGGCGGAUCUGGUGGAGCGAGUGAACCAGGUUGUGGAGGCGCAACGUCAAGAGCUGCAAGGCUCCAAGGCGAAACAUCUGCAACUCCAAGAGGCGUUCGAGGAGCUCCGUCGCGCGCUGCUGGCCGCGAGCCUGGAGCGGCGCAACGGGGAGGAAGGCCUGGUGGCCAGGCUGGCGCAUCUCGAAGCUGCGCUGGGAGAUCAGGUGGCUGCACGAGAAGAAGAGCACCACCGGAUGGCAAGGGAAGUGAUGACGACCGUGGCCAAACUGCAGGAGGAAAUCGUGCAGCGAGAGGAGGCUGUGUCCAAAGUGACGCAGCAGCUCACGGAACAGGCGGCUGUUCUGGAAGAUGCCCUUCACAAAGAAAGUAAGGCCAGGGACGAGGCCCUCUCUCAGGCAGUGUUGCCGCUGCACAAGGGCCUGAAAGCGGCCGCGACGGCGCGGGAGGACAUUGAAAAGAACCUGGUCAUUAAGAUCCAACAGCUGUCUGAAGAACAGCAGCAAGAGCGGGAGGAGCGCUCCAGGCUCUCGCGGGAUAUCGGUGCAUCGCUGUCAAAGUUGCAGCGGAUGCAGGCCGAAGAAGAAGAGCUCCGGAGCCAGGAGAACGAAUGUCUGGGCAGCGCUGUGGAGUCCAUGCAGGAGGUUUCCCGAAGCUUGCGGCACUCCUACGAGGAACUGAGACAACGCAGUCAAGAAAGCAGCGACCAGCUACGGUCCACGCUUUCUCGCGAGGCGGCUGCGAGACAAGCCAAGUUGGAGGCGAUUGACUCGGCGGUCAGAGAGCUCAGGAGUCAAGUGUCAACCGAGACCCAGCAACGUGAGGUGAGUGUGAAGCACCUCAGCGGCGAGAUUUACGCCGAAGUCAAGGCUCGAGAAGAAGCGACCAGCCGGGACCGGCGUGCCAUAGAGGAAGAUGUGGCCAAGGCGGUGCGAGAGCACCGCAGGAGCCGCGAGGAGGAGGAGAGGAAGGUGCAGCAACGGCUGCUGGAGACCUCGGCGCAGCUGGCGGAGGAGCGCGAGCAGCGCCUGGAGCAGCUGCGCACAGAGCGGCUGCGCCUGGAGGAGCUGCGAGAGGAGCUUCAGAGGCGCUGCAAGGCCUUCGAGCAGCACAGCGAGAAGAACGGCACCGCCUUACAGCGCCUGGAGGACUGGAAGAGCAGCGUGGCCAAGGAGCAGGAGUUGCAGCUUGCGCGGCUCAACAAGAGCUGUGAUGAGCUGCGACAGGACCUGCUGGCGGAGACGCAACGGAUCGAGAACGCCUGCCGAGUGGUGGAGAACAAGAGCCUGGAGGUGGAGUCCUCGCUCCGCAGCGAAGGCACCAAGCGCCAGGCGCUGGGCACCACGCUGCGCGAGGCACUGGAGGCGGCGGAAAGGCAGCGGGCGGAGCAGAUGCAGAUGGAACGACAGCAGAGGGAACAGCUGCAAAUGAAGCAGGAGGAGCUGCAUAAGAUGCUCCUGGAGCGCCAGAAGGAGCGCCUGGCUGAGCAAUGCGUGGAGCAGCUGGCGCAGCUGAAGGAGCAGCUGGCCGAGGACGCGGCACGUCGCGACCACUGGGAGGCGCAGAAACAGCUGCAGCUCUCGCAGCUGACUUCGGCGCAGGCGGAGCAGCAGCACGGCCUGGCGGAGGCGCAGCAGCUGCGACAGCACUGCGAGGCCAAGCUGCGGGAGGCGCAAGUGGCUGCAGACGAGCUGAAGCAGGAACUGCUACGCCUGGAGCAGCUGCGCCAAGGCGACCAGAGCCUGUUUGAGAGCCAGCAGCGCCAGGCGCGGCAGGCGCACCUCAGCCUGGAGGCGGCCAUUGGAGGGCUUCACGAGGAGCUCCAGCGCGAAUCCGUGCAGCGGGAGGAGGCCUUGAAACGGCUGGAAGGGAAGCUGCGGGAGGCCAUGCAGCAGGCGGCAGUGCCUGUGAAGCAGGAGAUGGCCCAUGUGCAGGAGCAACUGCAAGCCUUCGAAGACUCUGGAAGGCAACGCCUGGCUGAAGAAACCAGGAGGUCCAAGGCAUCAGUGGGGAAAUUGUCGCAGCAGAUCUCCGCGCUGGUGGAAGAUGAGAAGUCCCGGGCGGCGCCGCCUGAACGAGCUCAGGAGCUGGCCCGCAGCUUAGCACAGCUGGACCGCAGGCAAGUAGCAGAGGAGCAGGGGAGACACCAGGCUUCCAUCUCUUUGCAGCGCGCCUUGGACGCGCUGCGGGAAGACCUGCUGGGCGAGGCCACAUCGCAAGAGGUGCAAUCCCUGCUGCGCAAUUGGCAGCUGCGAGAGGACAAGGCGGAGGCAGCUCAGCAGCAGCUCUUGUCUGACCUGGGCGACCUCCGAGAGCGUGUCACACGCGAGGUUUAA